AAAAAGCUAUAUCUGAUUAAGUUAAUACUUUAUAUUAUUGAAGGAUAUUGAAGAUCUACUAGAAAAAUAGUUAAAUUCAAAUCUGAAGAUAGAAGAGAAGAAUUGGUAAUUGUAAAUUUUUAAAAGAUGAUUAAUUUAAUAUUUAUUAAAAUGUAAGUAGCCAUAAUUGUUCCCAGUAAGAUUUUAAUUGGGAUUUAAAAUUAAAAAUUAGAAGUGUUUGAUGAUGGAAAGCAUCUCUAAAAGACUGGAGGACUUACAAAAAUUCAAGCAAUAAGAGUUUUCUUUAAAGAAAAUUAGUAUUAUGAUUCAUUCUAUAUUUUAGUGUACGUGGGUUUGAAAUAUUUUAUAAAUUAAAUGCAGGGGAUCUUUUAAAAGCUGGUCAUAAUGUUCCGAAAUCAAAAAAAGAACUUUAAAAUGUAUUAUUAGAAAUAGGACCUGAUGAUUAUGUAAGUGAAAUUUUUGGUGCUUACUAAUCUGCAAGAAAGAAUAGAAUUAUUAAUAUUACAUUUAUAACAUAUAGAGGAAAAGUUUAAACCUUUGGAGGAAGUGGGGAUAAAUCAUUUGGAUUUAGUUUUCCAGGAUCUACAUUUGGAGCAUUUAAAGGAGGGUAAAUUACAUAUUAAAUAUUUAUAUAGUUACAAGAAAUCAGUUGAAUGGUUAGAAAUAGAUGUUCUUCCUUUACCUGAAGAUUUCAAAUUAGAAAUGGAAAAAUUAGGAAUUUUAUAAAUUUAGAAAAUAAGCAUUCAACCAGAGAGAACUUUAAGUAAUUUAAGUAAUGAUAAUAAUACUACAAAAACUGGAUAAGGUUCAAUAAUUGUGGUACCAAAAUUACAAGUAGCAAAACCAGUAAUUUUGAUUCCUGUAAUUAAUGGAUCUUCUGUAAACUAAUAAAAUAAUAUUUUAUAAUAAUAACAACUUUAUUAGAAUGUUUAAUAAUAAUAUCCUUAAUAAUAAUAUUAGUAAUAUCCUUACUAAUAAUAAUAAACAUCUAAUUUAUAAAAUAUUUAUAUUCCAUUUAAUUAAUAAUAAUAAUAAAUAAAGAAGGAUUGUUAUCCAAAAUUUAAUUGA